GUUUUUCUGAUGGCGUUCACGCUGGCCGCACCGCUCACCGCAGCCCCAGGCUACCUGGUUCACACGCCGGUGCUGAGUUCGUCAUCCUCCUACUCGUCACAAUCGCAGUCCUCAGUGGUGCACAGUGCUCCCCUCCACACCGCGCCACUAGUCUACAGUGCGGCCGUACCCGCCGCGCCCGCCGCAUAUGUGUCCCAUGCUGUCUUACCGGCCGCUUCACAACUAACCUACGCCGCGGUUCCCGUCAUAAAGCCCGCUGCGGUUGUGCCUUCUUAUUACAUUAGUUGAGAUUUCGUUAAUUAAUGAAGCUUAGAUUAAGUAAUGACUGAGAAACUGUCUAAAUUUAAUUGAGAAAAUCAAUCUUCUCAUUGAUCAAACUGUGAAUUUAGUGUUACAUGCUUUUGUAUUUGCCUUUUCACACCAAACGGUUAGAAUUCUUUAUUUAGUGUUACUUGCUUUUCUAUCAGUCUUUUUUUUAUAUAGAGCGAUUGGAGCU